UCAACCUACGUGUGCCAGCUCAAGCAUGAAACAAAAAUUAGACGAUCUGUGAGAUAACUGUUGAACAGGAUUUAGUUGAUGAGAGACAAGUUAAAUCACUUUGGUAAUCUCGGUCGGAAUCAAUGAGUGGUAAAAGAAAAACUAGUUGGACAAUUAGAACAAUUAUUAUAAUAUUUGUGUUAAUUAUAUUUCCAACAAUAUUCGUGUCAUGUUCAAUGUCGGAUGAUUCAUAUUCAUAUUCGUAUCUGUCAGCUAAGAGGAAACGAAUGAGUCACAAAGUACGCAAGAUGUUUUAUCAUGCAUAUGACAACUACAUGACAUAUGCAUUUCCUCAUGAUGAAUUAAAACCUAUGACCAAAAGUUUUACCGACUCUCUCAGUGAGCUUGGGAAUUUGAAGCUUGAAAAUUUACCCCAAGAAUACAAUGGAUCAGCACUUACACUAGUUGAAUCAUUGUCCAGUCUUGUAAUACUGGGUAACAACACAGAAUUCGAAAGGGCAGUGAUAUGGCUUUCUGAAAAUCUAACAUUUGAUGUUGAUGCAAGGAUAAAUCUGUUUGAGUGCAACAUAAGACUUCUUGGAGGACUUGUCUCUGCUCAUAUUCUUGCAACUGAUUCUAGAAACAGGUUCACUCAAGGAACUUACAACAACCAGCUCCUUGAUUUGGCUCAAGAUUUAGGGAAGCGUUUUUUACCGGCUUUUAACACACCCACUGGUUUGCCUUAUGCCUGGAUUAACUUGAAGUAUGGCGUUAUGGAGAACGAGACAACCGAAACAAGCACUUCAGGUUGUGGAUCACUGAUUCUUGAAAUGGGAGCGUUGUCACGAUUAACUGGUGAUCCGAGAUUUGAAUAUGCUGCUUUGCAUGCUCUUCAUAAGUUGUGGGGAAUGCGGAGUUCUUUGAACCUUUUAGGAACUACACUAGAUGUAGAAACUGGAGAAUGGAUUGAAUACUCUUCCGGUAUAGGUGCUGGCGUUGAUUCUUUUUAUGAAUACUUAAUUAAAGCUCACAUCCUCUUUGGAAAAGAAGAAUAUUGGAGGAUGUUUCAGUCGGCAUAUCUUGCUGUGCAGAAAUAUUUCAGAUAUGGUUCAUGGUAUCAUGAAGCAGAUAUGAGGACAGGAAGAGCAACUUACUGGCAACUUACAAGUCUACAAGCAUUUUGGCCUGGUGUACAGGUUCUUGUUGGGGAUAUUACAGCUGCUAACUUAACACAUCGUGAAUUUUUUCGUGUAUGGAAAAAAUUUGGAGUGCUUCCAGAGAGAUAUUUGUUGGAUCAUCAGAUUGUGCACCCUACAGAAAAAUAUUAUCCUUUACGUCCAGAGCUGGCGGAGUCAACAUAUUACUUGUAUCAAGCAACAAAAGACCCCUGGUAUAUGGAAGUCGGUGAAGCGAUUGUAAAUUCCCUUAAUUUACACACAAAAGUUGAAGGUGGGUUUGCAAGCGUUAGAGAUGUAACAACCAUGCAAUUAGAAGAUCACCAGCAUAGCUUCUUCCUGGCUGAAACGUGCAAGUAUCUAUAUCUUCUCUUCGAUGAUUCACCUUUAAUGGGUCGCAACUACAUAUUCACUACUGAAGGUCACCCUCUUCCUGUCAUUAGCGACUGGCAUGAAAAGCUUCCUGAUUCAUACAUCCCCCGAAACUGGACCUCGAUCAAGAUUGAAACACAAAAGAAACAUGCUAGUGCAAUGUCCAUGCAAGUCUGCCCAGCCAAUUUAGCAAGCCCUGGACAUGCUGGUCACAAAAUCGAGAGUGUUUGCCACGUCCCUGACACAUGGAGUGAUCAUAGAUGUCUGACCGAUGAUGACUGUGGAAUUGAUUCGACUAAUUGUAGAAGAAGAUCAUGCAGCAUGGCUGGCUACUGUGGUCUGUGGUUGUUCAUAUGAAGUUUAACGUCUUGAAAGUAUGUAAUUUUAUGUAAGUUUUUGAUAGGAUACACUAUACAGUAAGAAAGAUGGGAAGAUGUAAUUUCUAAGUACAAUAGAACAUUGAGGAGGAAUACCCAAAAACAUGAUGGGGAUUCUGUAAAGUUGAUUCAACUUGGAUAAGAAAACUUUGGUUAAAAUGACCAAUUGGAAAUGAAAUACUACCAAAAAUCCACAUACUUUUUGCUUAA